AUGCCUCGCAAAGAAUUCCCAUCUCGGCAUCUGCACACAUUGAAGACACAUAGUGUUCCUGUCAAUGCGGUGACUUUCUCCAGCUACCCUGGCACAUACGUGCUCACAGGCUCUUCCGAUCGUGCUGUUCACUUGUCACGAGCUGUCCCGAAUAAUGCAGAAAAGUCUCCGCAAGCUAUCGAGACCACCUCCCCGAUCCAAAAGUACGAGGCGCAUGGCUACCCCGUUCUCGACGUGGCCGUGGCUGCCGAUAAUGCGAGCUUCGUCAGUGUAGGAGGCGAUCGGCAAGUCUUUCUCUGGGAUGUUGAACAGGGAGUCACAAAAAAACGAUGGGAUGGACAUACUAGCCGGAUUGAAGCUGUACAAUUUGCUGGAGAGGGUGAUUCAGUGGUAGUGUCUGGCAGCGCAGAUACGACUGUGAAGAUAUGGGAUACCCGCUCUAAAGACUACAAGCCCAUCCAGUCUCUGACCGAAGCAACGGACACUGUUUCCUCUCUCCAUGUCCACAUGCCUUCCUACUCGAUUGCUAGCGGUAGCUACGAUGGACAUGUACGAAUUUACGAUGUGCGCAUGGGAAAAACAACCGACGAUGUCCUGGCGCACCCGGUAACUAGCGUCCGAUGCUCGGCAGAUGGAAAUGCAAUUCUUGUUUCGACGCUGGAUAGCUAUAUUCGAAUGCUCGAUCGAUCAAACGGAAAGCUCCUUGCAGCAUUCGGAGGCCCGGAGAAAGAGAAGACCCCAUUUUCGCAUGCUAGCAAACCUCGACCUGCGUAUCGGAAUGCCGAUCUACGUGUUCGUUCUGUCUUUGCACAAGGCGACGCUGUUGUUCUUAGUGGCAGUGAAGCCGCAAAGAAUGAUGAAGGUGGACUCGGCGCUUCAGUUUUCGCUUGGGACAUUCUCAGCGGAGAGACUGUUGCGACGGUACCGAUGGAUGAGAAAGUCGUGAGCUGUGUGGCGUGGAAUGAGAAGGGCUAUUGGGCCGGCGGAUGUUCGGAUGGUUCUGUGCGAGUAUUUGGUUGA